GUUCAGGAGAGCGUGCAACUGCGGCCGACGAACAACUCAGGAAGUGAGUGCGAUUCCAUGCAACGUUGAGACUUAAAACGGUGAACAUCAGGAAUUUCAGCAUGUUUGACUUCGGUCUUUUGGACUUUGUGGUCCUUGCUGUGAUAGCAGGUCUUCUGAUCUACUUUUACUACUGGAAACAGUUCCGUUACUGGAGGAACAAAGGGGUUCCCUACGCUGAACCGGAAUUUUUCUUCGGGAAUUUCAAGGAAAUGUUCUUCCAACGAAAAUCAUUCGCCCAUUUUAUACAAGAUCUCCAUAUGCAAGGAAAAGGACACCCUCUCUUUGGAUUUUAUAUUUUUGGCAGACCAGCGCUGCUACUGAGGGACCCACAGAUGAUCAAGCACGUCUUCGUGAAGGACUUCGGCCACUUCGUGGACCGCUACGCCAAGGCGGACUUCAAGCACGACCCGCUCGGCAGCCGGAACCUCUUCAUGGAGAAGGGCCAGCCGUGGCGCCACAUGCGCACCAAGAUCACGCCCGUCUUCACGUCGGGCAAGAUGAGGAGGAUGUUCCCGCUGGUGACCCGGUGCGGGGAGAAUCUUCAGGAGUACCUGGACGAGAUCGGCGCGCGCGGGACCAAGCCGGUCGAGAUCAGGGAGACGAUGGCGCGGUUCGCGACGGACGUCAUAUCCACCUGCGCCUACGGCGUCGAGGCAAACUCGAUGAAGGACAAGGACGCCGAGUUCCGCAAGUUCGGCCGCAUCGUGUUCGAGUUCGAUGUGCGGCGCACGCUCGAGAUCAUGGUCAUCUUCUUCGUCCCGGCGUUCGUGAAGCUGGGGCUCUUCAAGUUCUUCUCUCCGGAGACGACCAAGUACCUGCGCAAGGUCUUCUGGGAGGUCAUCACCGUCCGCGAGAAGAACAACAUCAAGAGGAACGACCUGAUAGACCUGCUGAUCCAGCUGAAGAACCAAGGGAGGAUUGAAGACGAGGGCGUGGACGACAACGAGAAAAGUAAUCAGCCGAUCUCCAAAACUUCAGACUUCACCGACGACGACCUGGUGGCACAGGCCGCCAUAUUCUUCACCGCCGGGUACGAGACCAACUCGUCGACCCUGUGCUUCUGUCUGUACGAGCUGUCAGGGGCCCCGGACAUCCAGCAGCGACUCAGACGCGACAUAGUCGACACCUUGGAGAGGCACGGAGGGGAAAUCACCUAUGAAGCCAUGCAAGAGAUGACCUACUUGGAAAAGGUCGUCUCAGAGACGCUGAGGAAGUACCCGCCGGUGGGGUUCCUGGACCGCGUGUGCACCAAGGACUACGUGCUGCCCGACGCGGGGGUCCACGUGCAGAAGGGCACGCCCGUGUACGUGCCGGUGCACGGCAUCCACAGGGACCCGGAGUUCUACCCGGACCCGGAAUCCUUCGACCCGGAGCGGUUCAGCGAGCAGAGCAAGCAGGCCAGGACCCCCUACACCUACCUGUCUUUCGGAGAAGGACCUCACAACUGCAUAGGCCUGCGCUUCGCCCAGAUGACGGUGAAGACGUCUCUGGUCCACGUGCUGUCGCGGUACGAGGUCCGUCGCUGCAGCGAGACUCCCGCGUCCUUGGAGUUCAGCACCAAGGCCAUCAUCCUGGCCGCGACCGAGGACAUCAAGCUCGUCUUCAGACCGCUCGCCGACGGAGCGCAGUAGUCCACUUCUGUCGGCGAGGGCCUCCCUGCUCACACACUCUCUCUCUCUCUCUCUCUCUCUCUCUCUUGGCCACAAUUACACGCGGCAAUCAUCCGGUAAAUGGGACAGUAAAUAUUCAUGUAAAAUUUAAAUAUAUUUGUACCUAUGAAGUAGCUUGGCUUCUGGGUUGUAGCCGUGUCCUUUGGCGAAUAAUUCGCCGACGUUUCGGACGACAUUGCAGUCGUCAUCAUCAGGGAGCAGGAGGUAACUGCAAUCAAGGGCGUCGCCAUCCGAUGGCCAGCCGAUGGCCUGGGGGGGAGGGGGGUGGGCAAGUUGUGGGAAAAGUAUGUAUUUUUUUUUUUAAUUUGGCUACAUUAUUUUAUAUCUCUAAGGCUCUAGGGGGGGGGGGCGACUGCCCUCCCCCUACCUCCCCCCUCCCUGGCGCAGCCCUUGACUGCAAUGUUGACCGAAGCGUCGGUGAAUUGUUCGCCAAGGACACGGCUACAACCCAGAAGGCAAGCUAUUUCAGACAAUAGCCGUGAAAGCCUGCGAACAAUAUUAUUUGUACAUAUACCUAAAAAAAACAACAGUUAUUUGUGAACCGUUCCCUAUAUAACUUCCCAGUAUUAACUACGCUCAUUAAUAAGCAUAAUAAAACAAAAUAUGGUUUUGAAAUAAUUGUUGUUGAAUGAAACAUCAAUUAAAAUAUAAAAUUAUGCGCGAAUUUUUGUAAGAAAUACUCAGCAUUUCUUCGAGAAAAAAAAGUAUUUAAUGUAUGCAAAAAAAACCUUUCUUCUGUGUAACAUUUAGCUUUACGCUUCACGCACGAAUGUCUUACUAUUCGCCUGACCAAAUGUUACAUAGAAGUGUAACAUCGCCCUGUUGAGGAUUUUUUUUUUUUUUGUAAAUGUGCAAGAAACAUUCGUCACAUCAUGUGGAACCCAUCGCCAUCAUAGUAGAAAAUGAAGCUUUUCGAACGCGAUUCGGCUAUGCUAAUCACAUGACUUAAAUCAUUAUUUCAAGUCAUUAUGGAUUAAUUUCAGUUUGGUAGUUUUUAUUUUAUUUCUUACGCGCAAAGUUUGUGAAAAUAAAUUGAACAUGGCAAGUAUCUGAAAAAUGUUUUUGAAUGUAGUUAAUUGAUUUUAAUACAUUUUUUUGGAAACUGAUAUUUAAAAAAUAUCAAUAGAGCUUCAUCCUUCACUUUAGGUGACUUUUAGUGCCAGUGAUUAAAUUUACAAUUAAUUCGGCAAGUUCGAUGCCACGGUCAUGUCAAAUAAGCGAUGGUAUCGGAUUAUCGUAAGUAAAUAUAUUUUUAACAUGAUAAUCAAAGGUAAGUUAAUAUGUUUUACAAGGUAUGUAGGGAUUUGCUCUAUUAGAAGAAAAAAAUACGGAUGAGCAUCGGUCUUCUUCCAAAUAUCUCUACGGGAAUGUACUCGUGAAAUGUAAAUCUGAAAUGUAACUCGCUAGAAAACAGGCAAAACUGCACUGGAAUGAAAACAGAGAGUGACGAUAACCUCUGAUCGAAAUGCAGACGUCGGCAGCGCAGUCACGUGACCUGGAAGCCAAGGGCAAAGGCCGGAAAUCACCCAAAGCUCAAUUGGUGCUGGAUUACAAAAAGUACCAACAAUGGAAUUCAGGUUUUAAUCCUUUUUACUGUGUCAUAUUUAAUACUGAAACACAAACAAUGUAAUACAAGACAAUUGGUAUUUUGUGCAUAUACAUAUUUAAAUAAAUAAAAUUUUGUACAG